UUUGAUGACGGGUUUCCAGGCAAUGAUCUUUUCUAAUUUUUAAUUAUUUAGAGUAAUUUAUUUCCACCUGAAAUCACCCACAAAUGCUUACAAAUACAGUAAUAUUUUGGAAUAUUUUGAUGGAUUUUCAAGAUUAGGGUGGUUGGAUUGUGCUCGAAAUUUAGGAAAUUGUGACUUUUAAAACAUAAUUUAAUAUAUUGAAGUGCGCGCUUGUGCACACACGCGCGCGCACACACAUGCUCAUGUAUUUUUGGGGUGUGGUAGACUAGAUUGUUCAUGCAUUUAACAUAGAUUAAUGACAAACACAUUCCAGGUUAUGUUGAACGAUGAACACUAGCCGAAUGAAAGUAGGUUUUCUCAUUCUUCAGGGACAUGAAAAUAGGUUUUUUCAUAAUUCAGGGACAUGAAAAUAGGUUCGUCAAACCUCAGGGCAUGAGUAAUUCGCUCUUAACAGAGUGUUAUGACUAAUGACAUGGUUGCCUCUGUUAAACCUAAAGGCCAUGGAUGUAUGUUUGUUUAAGCGUCAGUGGCAUCACGGUACUUCACCUGUUAUCAUAUGAUCUCUUUUUUCAAAACACACACGGAUGCAUGUAUAUGAACGUUUAUAUUUGUCACACAUUCACACACCAAAACUUUUGAAAAAUAAUAGGUGGGAAUCUCAAGGGUAUUUUAAACCAAGCUUUACAGAGGGAAUGAUCCUUUUGUGAUUUCAAUGCCACCACCGAAUGUUACUGGCUCAUUGCACAUGGGACAUGCAAUGUUUGUUACUCUAGAGGAUAUCAUGGUAUGAUACAACCGAAUGAAAGGACGGCCCACACUUUGGCUUCCUGGGACUGACCAUGCUGGUAUCGCAACUCAGUUAGUCGUGGUAAGAAUGCUGGCCACUGAAGGAAUAAAGAGGACAGAAAUGAACAGAGAUGACUUUAUCAAACAUGUAUGGGAGUGGAAAGAGAAGUAUGGUGGAACCAUUGCAAAUCAGAUUAAGAGACUUGGUGCUUUUUGUGAUUGGAGCAGAGGGCGAUUUACACUUGAUAAGCAGCUGAAUUGUAAGAUUACUUUCUAUGGGCAAGGUUUUAAAAGGCGAAAACUAGCCUCGAGGCGGUAGAGGAAAAUGCCUCGAGGCUUACCGUAAGCCUCGAGGCGGAACAAGGCGUAAGCCUCAGAUCAACUUGAUAAAAGAUAACAAACAAAACAACUUUUAGGUAAACAAAAUGCAUAAUCCAUAAUUAUGUCAAAUAAGUCAUUAAGUAAUACAUAAGUUUUCAUUUA